AGCUCUGCUCUGCAGCCAAGUAUUAACACAAACGUACAGACCAGUUUAUCUCUCUCUCUCUCUUCCCCUUUAUUCUAUUCUUUCCCUGUCACAUAAUUUUUAGUGUAUGAUUAGGUAUUGAUUCUCAUACAAUACAUUACAAGCUCUCUGUCUUUCUUUCUGUGACUUCUGGAGCUCUCAUUUGCUUUUCUUUCCAAGCUCCAAGCCGAGUCGGUUUCUGGGUCGGCCUCACAUCCAAGCUUCUCUCACUUCGUCUUUCAGGGAAAGUAAAGAAAAUACAUGAUGCUAAAGAAUCUGAUGGAAGAGAAGCAGUUGAACUUCAAUCAGCCACUUCUAUCUGUGAGACGAUUUUCAGCGACAGUGGUCUCCUCAGAAGCUGAUGAAAAAAGAAGGGCUGAAAAGUCCCUACCCAAACUACCUCCCCUUCCUGUUUACAAAUCAGAGUUGAAAUCAGGUCCCGUGAGGAACCCAGGAACUGUUCCUUUUGUAUGGGAGCAAAUCCCAGGAAGACCCAAGGAUGAAAGAAAAUCACCAAAUCAGGCUCUUGAAUGGCUUCCCACUGCACCAAAGCUUCCGCCUGGAAGGGUUUCAAAGGUUAAGAAGCAAGCAACGGAUAAAGGUUCUAAAUGUACAACUGCUGCUCAAUCACCAACUGGAAAUGUACUUUCCAAUUCUCAAAAUGUUUCAACCUUGGAUACAAAAGAAGUUACUAAAUAUGACAGCUCCAAAGUGGAGAUGGAGGAUAAGGGUAUUGCUGGUUCAGACGAUGGCGAUGAGACCUAUUUAGAUGCACUUUCUAGGAGUGAAUCAUUCUUUAUGACCUGUAGUGUAAGUGGUUUGAGUGGACUGGAUGGUCUAGAUAUCAAAUCAUCUGGAACCUUCUCAACAGAUCCACAGACUCGGGAUUUCAUGAUGGGCCGGUUCUUGCCUGCAGCAAAAGCUCUGGCUUCAGAAACACCUCAAUAUGCUAGCAGGAAGCAACCAGUUGCCCGAGAGCAACCACUUUUGCAAGAGCAACCAAGUGGGAUGAAGAAGGUAGUAAGUGGGGAUAAGCAACAUCCACUUAAUCAACAUAGGCCAAAGGAUUUGCCACAUUAUGUUCAAGAUAUAGCUGGGGACAAAAGUGAGGAUGAAGGUAUGAUAGUGCAAGCGCAAUUACCCAUUUCUUCAGUUAGGAGAGUGCGGGCUAAAUCUUCUUAUGCCAUUUCGUACAGAGAAGCUAAAAAAGAGCAUUCUCGGGGUGAUUCAUGUGAAAAAAGAUUAAUGAGUGGACAUCCGGAAGCUAGGGUGCCUGAGGAUAAGAACGAUUUGAUACAUGAAUCCAAUCAGAUCACCAACAGAAGUGAUUGUCAGAAAUUAGAUGGGUCACCUAUGUACAGGCGUCUACAGGGUAGUGGCAUAUCACCCUACCGAAAUGAAUGUUCUCAGCAUGAAGAAAAAGGUUUUCUUGGUAUUCCCGAAAAAGCUAAGAAUUCCAGAGAAGCUAUUAGCUCUGGCAAAUAUCGAAAAUGCCACAACAAUUUUCAGGAAUUAUUGGCUGCUGAGAAUGUUGCCGAGUUGGAAAUGGGCCCAGGGAGUCCUGUGGUUGAGAAGACUCUGUAUAUUGAUUCAGUACAAACUGUAAAAUCUCCAUGUUCCUCAGAUACAAAGGGCCGUAUUAUUGAUUACAGAGGGAAUGGUUUUGAAAUUCAUGAGAAAGGGGAUAAAGUGGAAGAAAUAACCCAUUCGGUAGAGUCUUCAUUCCAGGAUACUGAGCACUUGGGUGAUGGGGAUGAAAAGGCAAUAGUGCGGCAUAAAAGUUUGGAGUUUCCUGACUCCAGCUUUCUAUCUUCUUCUGGCAGAUCCAGUGAUGAUGUGCAAACCGACAUUAGAAUUGGUUAUAUACCAAAUCAGGAUCUUAUUCAACAUUCUAGCCAAGUGACAAGCGCAAAAGGUGCUGAUCAAGAGAAGUUAAAUUUAGAAAGCAAACAGUUAGUGAAAUCAGGUGAUAGGGAAAAUUUUGUUGGCCUUACUCCGGAUUGUUCUACAUUGACAAGCACAAAACUGGCUGGUGAGAAAAAGAUUGGUUUAGAAAGCCAACAGUCUAGGCAAUCAGGUAGCGAAAACAGUUCUCAUGGCCAUGUUCAGAAUUCAGUUGCAUUGACCAACUCGAAAGUGGCCAAUAGGGGGAAGAUUGAUUUAGAAAGUCACUGGCUUCUGAAACUUGGUAACCAAGAAAGUCCCCGGGGAAACAAAGUACCACUGCCUCUUGGACCGCCUUUACCAAAAUCUCCAUCAGAGUCUUGGCUAAAGCGUACCUUACCUAGUAUUUCCUCCAGGAGUUCAUCUUCACAGUCUUCUCUUGGUUCGCGGAGUUAUACUAGCAGUCAGGCUUCCAAGACAUCUUCUCUUGAUCCCAAGUGGGAGACAAUUGUUAAAACUUCUAAACCACACCAUGGACAUUUGCGGUUUUCAGAGGUAGUUCUCAACUCUAAACCUUCCUGGCUUUAGUUUUACCUGUUUGUUGAGGGUUGUUUAUGUUACUCAAUAUUUUAUCAGGAGCUUCUGACACCUAUACCGGAAGCUUAGACGUACGGAAGCUGUGUCUGAAGCUCACCAGUUUAUACAUUUGCCUUGAUGGAAUAAUGUCCACUCUUUUGAUGGGAAUAUAGGUGCAAAAAAUAUAAUUUUCACUUUAAUACAGCCUCUAUUCUCCAAGGUAUCCCCUUACAAGUUACUUUACUCAGAAGUUUGGUAUAUAAUGGAUACUGUACAUCAACAAGCCCAUUUCUUAUCCUGUAAUUUUCUUGUAAAUCUCAUCUCAUCAUUUUUCUUUCUUUCUGAACUUAAAGUUUGUUUCUCUAUUGGGAUUCUUGUGUAAAGGUACUCAAUAGCUGUAUAUCUUUUUCUUAUUUAAAGUUUUUUUAAUAAAAGGAAUCUGAUGUACUUAAA